UCAGACAAUCGAGUUUCCCGCCGGUCCGUGAGCUCUCUGACUGUCACUGGCGUCCGCUCAUCCCGCGCACGGAGCACCCGGGUAAUACGCUGCAUAGCCCUAUCGUAAGAUGCCCCCUCGGAAGAAACCAGAUGCGGCUGGUGGCCGAAAAGCCCCCGCAAAAAGGAAAUUAGCAGAAGAGUUUCCUCCUGGGGAGGUGCUGACGGAUUCUGCGAAAAAGCAAUGGAAAUUAGGAUUACCGGUGGGACAAGGUGGCUUUGGCCGGCUUUACUUGGCUGAUGUGAAUUCCUCCAGUACAGUUGGAUCCGAUGCUCCUUAUGUCAUAAAAGUGGAACCAAGUGACAACGGGCCCUUGUUCUCAGAACUCAAGUUCUACAUGCGAGCAGCUAAACCUGAGCUGAUUCAGAAAUGGACUAGUUCACAUAAGUUAAAAUACCUCGGUGUGCCCAGGUACUGGGGAUCUGGACUUCAUGAGAAAAAUGGAAACAGUUACAGAUUUAUGGUAAUGGAUCGGCUUGGAAAGGACCUACAAAAAGUGUUUGAAGAAACAGGGAAGCUUUUUCCGCACAAAACGGUCCUUCAACUUGGUCUGAGAGUGAUUGAUAUUCUGGAGUACAUACACGAACAUGAAUAUGUACACGGAGAUAUCAAGGCCUCGAAUCUCCUCCUCCACCACAAACAUCCAGACCAGGUGUUCCUGGUGGAUUACGGCCUCACCUACAGAUAUUGUCCAGAGGGCGUUCACAAGGAGUACAAAGAAGACCCCAGGAAGUGCCAUAAUGGCACAAUAGAGUUUACAAGUGUUGAUGCCCACAAAGGAGUCAGUCCUUCAAGGAGGGGUGACUUAGAAAUCCUUGGUUAUUGUAUGAUUCAGUGGCUGUGUGGCAAACUUCCAUGGGAAGACAAUCUAACGGAUCCUAGCUAUGUUACGGACUCAAAAAUAAGAUAUGGAGACGAAAUCUUAACACUCAUGGAAAAGUGCUUCCCUGGCAAAAAGAAACCAGAUGAAAUCGGGAGGUACAUGGAACUGGUUAAAGAACUCGGUUAUUCCGAUCAACCUUCAUAUCAGAAACUAAGGGACGUCCUUUUGCAAGGUCUGAAGGCUCUCGGCGCUAAAGAUGAUGGGAAGCUGGACUUCUCUCAGGCUCAGAAUGGAGACGUUCCCCACAAGGAGCGGAAGAGAAAGAUAACCAGAUCCACUAAAGAGGCUGAGACGGAAGAAACGGAGGAGACGGAGGCUGCUGCUAAAAAGAAACCGUCCAAGGGGCGUGCAGCAGCAGCAUCAUCCAAAAGUCCUUCAAAACCAACACCGAAGGGUAGAGGGCGAGGACGAGGACAGAAAAAAUAAAAAUUUGUGGUCUUUUACUCGUGUUUUUAUGUGUAUAUGGAGAAGACGUGUCGGUUAUAUCUUUUUUGAAUAAAACAUUUUAUUAAUUAUCACAGA